UCUCUAGUUACUAAGCAGCCAGGCUUUGUGUGAUUAGUCUUGUUUUGUUUUCUUUCACUGUACUGGUCUCCUCCUCACUCUCCUCAAUCUCAUCAUCUCAUCUCAUUUCAAUGGCAACAACUCAAGGUCAAGUUAUUACAUGCAAAGCUGCGGUGGCCUGGGAACCCAACAAACCCUUAACAAUCGAAGAUGUCGAAGUCGCUCCUCCUCAAGCCAACGAAGUCCGAAUCCAAAUCCUCUUCACCGCUCUCUGCCACACCGAUGCUUAUACCUGGAGCGGCAAAGAUCCUGAAGGCCUUUUCCCUUGCAUUCUCGGUCACGAAGCUGCAGGGAUUGUUGAGAGUGUUGGGGAAGGUGUGACUGAUGUUAAGCCAGGGGAUCAUGUGAUUCCGUGUUACCAAGCUGAGUGUGGAGAAUGUAAGUUUUGUAAAUCGGGAAAGACGAAUUUGUGUGGUAAGGUUCGUGCUGCUACUGGUGUUGGAAUUAUGAUGGCCGAUCGUAAGCCGAGGUUUUCUAUUAAAGGAAAACCUAUUUAUCAUUUCAUGGGAACUUCUACUUUUAGUCAGUAUACUGUUGUUCAUGAUGUUAGUGUUGCUAAGAUUAAUCCAGAUGCUCCUUUGGAAAAAGUUUGUCUUCUUGGUUGUGGUGUUCCAACUGGCCUUGGAGCUGUCUGGAACACUGCUAAAGUUGAACCAGGGUCAAUUGUUGCUAUUUUCGGCCUUGGAACUGUUGGGCUUGCUGUUGCUGAGGGUGCAAAAUCUGCCGGUGCAUCACGGAUUAUUGGCAUAGAUAUUGACAACAGCAAAUUUGAUACUGCAAAAAACUUUGGAGUCACCGAGUUCCUUAAUCCAAAAGACCACGAGAAACCAAUUCAGCAGGUCAUAAGUGAUCUAACAGAUGGAGGAGUUGAUUAUAGCUUUGAGUGUAUUGGAAAUGUUUCUGUGAUGAGAUCUGCUUUGGAAUGCUGCCACAAGGGAUGGGGGACAUCAGUUAUUGUAGGUGUUGCAGCAUCAGGGCAGGAAAUAUCAACUCGCCCUUUCCAGUUGGUGACAGGGCGUGUAUGGAAAGGAACAGCUUUUGGUGGCUUUAAGAGCAGGUCACAAGUGCCUUGGCUUGUUGAGAAGUACUUGAAGAAGGAAAUCAAGGUUGAUGAGUACAUUACCCAUAAUUCGACUCUUGCGGAAAUCAACAAGGCUUUUGAUCUUAUGCAUGAAGGGAAGUGCCUCCGUGUUGUGCUUGCAUUGCAUUGAUGAGGUGAUCUGGUCCACUCCUAUGUUCACACAGAAAUGGUGUCUUUGGUUCCUAUUCCCUUCUAUGGCGAUUGCAGUUAAAUAAUUCAAGUGGUUAUAGUUUGUAAAAACAGAUGGUAUGGUUUAUUAUAUGGACAGUAUUCCGGUUUGAUUAGAAGGUCUUUGCAAUGGAUAAACAUCCUUUUUUGAGUUAUGGAUUAUGACCAUGGUUUUCUUAUAUGAUAAAAAAUAUUUUCUA